CCGUUUGGAGGAAAGAGGCAAAACAAUCUUUUAUCCUCCUGACCGGGCGGCUUUUUGGGGCAGCGGCGGCGGAAAACUUUACAUGUAGGCUAGAAUAUAAGUAAAGACACAGACAGUUCCCAUCAACUUGCGACAAUCCUAAUAAAUGUAUCUGACUCCAGCAAUUUGCACUAAAAUUUCUAGAAAGCUGGUUUUCUUUCUCCUGCUCGCCUUGUCUGAAUAUGGAGUCCAAAUAUAUUGUGGAGAAGUCGUCGGUUGGGACAGGAGCUGGCGGUGCGGACUUUAACUGUCGGACCGGCCGCUCGGUGCUCCGCGACAGCCGGGUCCCCUCGGUGGAAAAAACCGGUUCCAUGUCGGCGUACACAAACGGGGCCGUGCCGUACAAAAACGUAAUGGACGGCGGCUCGGCGGCGGAGAUUAAAAGCGAGAGGACCCCUCUAAAAGGGAACGGGCUGUCUCUGGGUGGUCGGCUGUUGCACGACGUGGAAAAAAAUGGCCUGUUGGACCAAAAAGACACAGGUUCCACGGGGAUCCUGAAAAGGGCAAGCCCCACUCACUGCCUGGGUGUAAACGGGCAGUUGCCGGGUGGCUUUAUGCAUUUGGACAUCAGAAACCCUGGGAAGCAGCCAGAGCCGACCAGCAACUUCAGAGUAGCGCAAGGGCAGAUCCUACCACAGACAGAGAGAUAUUCCCUCUCAUCAUCCCACAUCCCUGUCCCCAGAAACAGGAAGCCGUCAGGUCACGCCGAUAAGGAGGUGAUGGCUGCCACCGUCCUGACCUCACUGUCCACAUCACCUUUGGUGCAUUACCCUUCGUCUGCACCCACAGCCCCCGAGCCGGCCGGCAGAGCUUGGAAAGAGGUGCUGUCAGCUAGCUACAGCAGUUCGACCAGCGGCAACUGGAGCUGGGAUGCCAGUGACCAUUCAGUCCCCUCCACUCCGUCCCCACCACUUUUAAACGAUACAAACAAGAGCUUCCCGCUCUCGUCCCAGGGUGAUGAUGGCAGUGAGGAUGUCACAGAGAGCCCGCACUUCAUGUUUGAAGACCCCAUACCUCGGAAGCGAAAGAACUCAAUGAAGGUCAUGUUCAAGUGCUUGUGGAAGAACUGUGAAAAGGUCCUCAGCACCUCCUCAGGGAUCCAGCGACACAUCCGCACCAUCCACCUGGGGCGAAGCAGUGACUCUGACUACAGUGAUGGAGAAGAGGACUUCUACUACUCAGAGAUUGAGGUCAACAUGGACAGCCUCACGGAGGGCUUGUCCAACCUCACACCCACUUCCCCAACCACAGCCGGUCCGCCGCCCAUCUUCCCUCCACCGCUCACCGAUGUCCCUCACUCCAAGCACAUCAACAUGAAUGGUUCGCAGUGCCACGCCCCUUCACUGCUCAGUCAGUCAGCUCCCUCCACACUCUGCCACAUCCGCACUGACCAUGCCUACCAGGCCACCGCUCCAGUGAGUAUCCCAGUGGGUCCUGAGCUGGCUGGGAUAGGCAGUGGUAAUGGGAUCGGGCCUGGAACUGGGACUGGCAAUGGCAUCAGUGUGUCGUGGCAGUCCCCUCCUGUCAUUUUUAAAGGCAUCCCGGGGGCAACAACUCAUGUUCGUACAGUUAGCAUUGGAGAAAAGCGGCAGCCAGCACCUAGCUCACACGCCAUUGUUAACAAGAACCACCCACUGAUUAUGCCAUCGCCUAAAUCAACACAAGGAGCCAGGAAACCCCGUGGGGAGGCGAAGAAGUGCCGAAAGGUGUACGGCAUGGAGAAGAGAGACAUGUGGUGCACAGCCUGUCGUUGGAAAAAGGCCUGUCAGAGAUUCACCGACUAAUAAAGUCCCCUUCCUCGGUCUGCGAUAUGAGCUCUUCCCCUCUAGGAGCGACAGCGAGGUGGACACUUCCACUGAGGAAAUAAGGGGAGUCUCUUCACAAUGGAGUUCUCAGCACUGCUUCCUCCAGCCCAGCAGUGGGUUUCGCCUUCACUCUUUUCCGUUUCCAAACACAAAGACAAAACAAAACUGAUGCUUCAAAACAAACAUUUUAAAAAAAACUUCUCGAGAGAGAGAGAAAAAAAAUAUCUUUAUGCAGGUUUGGAUACUUUGUUCUAAGACUGAAACAUUUUCACUCUGUUGAGUUAAGGAAAAAAAAGAAACAUUUAAAUUCGAUUAUAAGCCUUUUGAUUUGAGUUUUUGUUUUCAAAUUGCUUCAACUCAAGGCAUUGUUUAAAGACUACAAAUAAGCUUUUGGGCAUGCUCUGUUGUUUAUCAGAAGAGCAUCAUGCAAGCUACUGUUUUUGAGUCGGAUCAUGGGUUAACACCUGAUGUGCUUUGUAAGACCUCUGUAGCAUAUCUGUUUCUCAGUGUCACUGUUUAAGGGACUCCAAACCUACCAGGUGCAAAAAGCCUGUUCACUUACAGCCAGCAGAUUUGGCGUAAGCUCUACCAUCUCUGUCUUCAGCAGUCUGGCUGACUGCAUGUCGAAAUGCGUUUUGUCCAGUAUCAAACAACUAGUUUGUUACACAGAUUCAGAGUAGCCAAACAGCUAUAUUUGAUUUGCAAAGCUGCACAAAAACCCUUCACACUAAGUGGUACAAAAAUAUUUCCUGUGAUGCACCAAAAUGUUUUCAAGAUAUGUAUUUCCCUCUGUUCUUCUCUCUACUUUUAGAAAUAUGCACCUUCUUUUAAAGUGUCACGGUAACAAAAAAAAGUGGACAUCUGUUUCUUAUACUGUGUAGUUUAUUUUCAGCAAUGAGUUGCUGACGCAACAAGUAGAUUCACUGUGCAAUUGGCAGAGUUGCAGGAUUGAUUAUCAUCUGUCUUGCUUUGUGGUUAAGUUGAGGCUGAAAGGCUGAUAGUUUUUUCUUCUAACAGCUGAUGCUCUUAAAGAGAUUGUUUACCACGACGAUACGUGAAUGAGAACUGCCCUUUGAAACUUUAACUUACAGUCUGACUUAUUAUCUGACUUGAUUGCCACCUGAUGAUGACAAUCAGGCGCUCUAAUUCGUAUUCUUACAGUUUUAAGAGGACAGGUUACUCACUCUGCCAUAUUUGGAAUAGUUAGCAUUAACCAGCAUUGCACACCAGAGUUAAUUUCAUAGGUCUGAAAUUAUCUUUUGCUCUGGUGUAACAUUUGGAAAUAAAUAAGCAGGAUUAAGUCAAGUCAGUGCGGGGCAGGGUUUUUGUAGAUUGACUGAUUUAUGUAAACAAUUAAUGUAGCAAUAUUUUACCAAAAUGAAGUCUUACUUUUCAGAUUAGGCCUAUAAGAGUAAAGGAGAGGCCAAGGUUUCCAUGCUUUAGAUAAAAUAUAAGUGGGAGAUUUUUAGAAGGUUAAAUUCUUUAUUGUUCUUUUUUUUCCGCUCAACAUAGCCCCUUUAAGGACGUUUUACAUCACUACUGGAAAUUUAAAGUAAAUGGUUACUUCUUAAAAUCCCAUUUAUCUGAAAUAAGCAACAGAGAGCAAAAUAAAAACAAGAUAUUUUUUAGGUUGUCCCUGUUUAAAGGUUAACUAGCUUUAAAUUGUGAGCUUCAAGGGCAAAAAGCACUUAUAAUUGACAAAUAAAUGACUUGAGUAAUCUAUGUAGUGAUCUGUUUUUGAUAUUAAUUU